AUGGCAAAGAAGAACAUGUUUGAGGAUGUUAAUCUCGAAUUAGAUAAACGGAUUGCCGCUGGUUUUCUGGGGUCACGCGGCUAUGUACGCCUUUUACCCUUUGAGACCAAAGCUCGUCACGCGCCAAUAGGAAGUCACCACUCGAGGUAUUGCUUUGUCAAGCGCCGACCCUCUGUGACAUCGUGGUGUCUGGAACCCAAUGCUCUGUGUUUCGUGAUUCUGGAAAGCGCGCCAUUAACAAGAGGUCGUAUAAGGGCAUAG